GCGCUGCGCUCCGCGGCCACCACGCGCCUCUUUCGGCCCCUGGCCAAGCGGUGCCGCCUCCAGCCUAGAGAUGCCGCCAAGAUGCCUGAGAGCGCAUGGAAGUUCCUCUUCUAUCUGGGCACCUGGAGCUACAGUGCCUACCUGCUCUUUGGCACUGACUACCCCUUCUUUCAUGACCCACCCUCUGUCUUCUAUGACUGGACACCAGGCAUGGCGGUGCCACGGGACAUCGCAGCCGCCUAUCUGCUGCAGGGAAGCUUCUAUGGCCAUUCCAUCUACGCCACGCUGUACAUGGAUGCCUGGCGCAAGGACUCAGUGGUUAUGCUUGUUCACCAUGUGGUUACCCUGGUCCUCAUCAUCUCCUCCUAUGCCUUCCGGUACCACAACGUGGGCAUUCUGGUGCUCUUCCUUCAUGACAUCAGCGACGUGCAGUUGGAGUUCACCAAGCUCAAUGUUUAUUUCAAGUCCCGUGGAGGCUCCCACCAUCCUCUGCACGCCCUGGCUGCGGACCUGGGCUGCCUCAGCUUCAGCCUCAGCUGGUUCUGGUUUCGUCUCUACUGGUUCCCACUCAAGGUCCUGUAUGCCACAUGCCACUGCAGCCUGCGCUCUGUGCCUGACAUUCCCUUCUACUUCUUCUUCAACACACUCCUGCUGCUUCUCACUGUCAUGAACCUUUACUGGUUCCUGUACAUCGUGGCUUUUGCCGCCAAGGUGCUGACGGGCCAGGUUCGCGAGCUGAAGGAUGUACGGGAAUACGAUGCAGCAGAGGCCCCGAGCCCCAAGCCCAGCAAAGCUGAGAAACCGCUGAGGAACGGUUUGGUGAAGGACAAGCUCUUCUGAACCCUUCGACCCCCGCCCCGCCCCCCAGGACUGCGCUCCGCCCAACCUUGCCCCCUGGGACGGCUCCCUUGCUCCCCUCGACCUUGGCCCGGUCCAGCUCCACCCCUCCCGGGCCCUGGCCACUCCCUGGACCCCUGCCCCGC